AGUAGAGUAGAGAACAGAGAUUGAGAGAGACAGUGCGUGAGGGACUGUGAAAGAGAGAGAGGCUUUGACUAAAACCCCGCCACAAACGACUCUCUCUCUCUAACCCCCUUCCGUACGGACCGUUAUAUUCAAUCUCUAUCUCUCUCUCCGGCAUUCUCUCAGAAUUUUCCCGGGAAAGUGAAAGAAAAUUUCCUUAUAUACCUUCAGCGUCAAAGUCAGCUCCAAACAGUUCCCCUCCGGUGAGCUCCGGCGACGACUUCCCCUUCCGAUUCCCAUUUUCAAUCAACCGAUAGUUCUAAGAGUUGAUGAGGAAUACAUAGGUUUUCAGUUGAAGCAAUUGUUGUGGCAAUGGAUCGAGCGGUCUCGGCGAUCUCAUCCUCGGCUUUUCUUUGCCUGUUUCUGGUUUUUUCUCGGUUAUUUCAGGCCUCUGGUAAUGCCGAAGUAGAUGCCUUGAAUGUGCUGAAGACCAACUUAACUGAUCCUAAUAAUGCUCUGCAAAGUUGGGAUGCUACACUUGUCAAUCCCUGCACUUGGUAUCGUGUAACGUGCAACAGUGAGAACAGCGUUACAAGAGUUGAGCUUGGAAAUGCAAACUUGUCUGGUCAACUGGUUCCAGAACUUGGACUGCUUCUGAAUUUGCAGUACUUGGAGCUUUAUAGCAACAACAUAAGUGGAAGAAUUCCUAUUGAGCUUGGCAAUUUGACAAGUUUGGUGAGCUUGGAUCUUUACUUGAACAAUUUGAGUGGUAUCAUCCCGGACACAUUGGGCAGGCUUCAGAAAUUACAUUUCCUACGGCUUAACAACAACACUUUGUCUGGAACUAUUCCUAUGUCAUUGACUACUAUCAAUUCACUUCAAGUCCUUGAUCUUUCAAACAAUCACUUAACAGGAGUUGUCCCAGUUAAUGGCUCCUUUCAACUUUUUACUUCCAGCAGUUUUCGAAAUAAUAAUUUAACAAUUCCUCCAACUCCUCCAUCGCCUCCAUUUUCUCCGCCACCCCCAUCUAUUGCUUCAGUUGUGAAGGGAAUGCACAAUAAGAGUGAACUUACUAAUAGUGCCACUAGAGCCAUUGCUGGAGGAGUUGUUGCUGGUGCUGCCUUGUUGUUUCUCGCACUUGCUUGGUGGCGGCGAAGGAAACUAGAGGACAGUUUCUUUGAUGUACCUGCUGAAAAGGGUCCAGAAGUUCAUCUAGGACAGCUCAAGAGGUUUUCUCUGCAUGAACUACAAGUUGCAACUGAUAAUUUUAGCAACAUAAAUAUUCUAGGAAGAGGUGGGUUUGGUAUGGAAUACAAAGGACGAUUGGCUGAUGGCUCUCUAGUGGCAGUAAAAAGACUAAAAGAGGAACGCACUCAGGGUGGGGAGCUGCAGUUCCAAACAGAAGUGGAAAUGGUCAGCAUGGCCGUCCAUCGAAAUUUACUGCCUUUGUGUGGCUUUUGCAUGACACUGACAGAACGAUUGCUUGUUUAUCCCUUUAUGUCUAAUGGAAGUGUUGCCUCCUGUUUAAGAGAGCGACUUGAUUCACAACCCCCACUUGAUUGGCCCAAAAGGAAGCGAAUUGCAUUGGGAUCCGCAAGAGGCCUUGCAUAUUUGCACGAUCAUUGCAAUCCAAAGAUAAUUCACCGUGAUGUCAAAGCUGCAAAUAUAUUGUUGGAUGAGGAAUUCGAAGCAGUUGUUGGAGACUUUGGGUUAGCGAAACUUAUGGAUUACAAGGAUACACAUGUUACCACUGUUGUACGUGGUACAAUUGGGCAUAUUGCUCCCGAGUACCUCUCCACUGGAAAGUCUUCAGAGAAAACUGAUGUUUUUGGGUAUGGAGUUAUGCUUCUGGAGCUCAUCACUGGACAAAAGGCUUUUGAUCUUGGUCGACUUGCCAAUGACGACGACGUUAUGUUGUUUGAUUGGGUAAAAGGACUUCUGAAAGACAGGAAGAUGGAAACACUAGUCGAUGUAGAUAUGCAGGGAAACUAUGUCGAAGAUGAGGUGGAGCAACUUAUCCAGGUGGCUUUGCUCUGCACGCUGAACUCCCCAAUGGAACGUCCCAAGAUGUCAGAAGUUGUCAGAAUGCUCGAAGGCGAUGGGUUGGCGAAGAAGUGGGAAGAGUGGCAGAAGGAGGAGAUGUUUCGGCAAGAGUUCGUCAAUAUCCACCACCAAAAUAACGAUUGGAUCAUUGCCCAAGUCAACAACCUUCCCGACUCCACUCCCAACCUCCCUCCAGAAGAAUUGUCCGGUCCGAGAUGAUCUUUUAAUUGGAUUUUGUUUUCAGCAUACAGUGAAGUCUCUUGGAGUCCCACUCUUUAUUCAAAUGUGAUAUAUACCAUCUGUGUAUAUGAUUUCUCUUCUUUAGCUUUUUAUUUUUUUUAGCUCAGUUUAUAUGACGAUGAUUAUGAAUUUUUAGGUAUAAGCAAAAACAUGGCUGGAAAGGUUAUGUCAUGUGUCCAACUAGUAUAUAUUUUAUACACCGAUAAAUACAUUUUGUAUUUAG